AUGGAAAAAACUACGCAACCAGCAGAGGCAGAGAACGAAAGCACAGGUGACCAAACAUUCGACCACACUCAUGCACAGGAAGAACAGGCUAGCACAUCAACCAAGGAAGAACACUCCAGCAGCCAGGACCACGACACAUUAGAGCAACAUAAUUUACCCGAAGGGGAGACCACCAUCUCUCCUGAGGGUGAAAGUGGCAGUACAAGCGAUCACCAACUACCCGAAAAAGGCAACACACCAGUAGAGAAAACUACGCAACCAGCAGAAGCCGGGAAUGAAAGCGCAGCCGACCAAAUAGUGGAUGGAACUGAUGGACAGGAAGAAGAGGCUUCCGCAUCAACUAAGAAAGAACACUCUAACAGCGAGGUGCACGAGACAACGGAGCAACAUAAUUUACCCGAAGGAGAGACAACCAUUUCUACUGAGGAAAACUGCGCAACCAGCAGAGGCGGGAAUGAAAGCACAGCUGACCAAGUAGUGGAUGAAACUGAUGGACAAGAAGAUGAGGCUACCACAGCAACCAAGGAAGAACACUCUAGCAGCGAGGUGCACGAGACAUCGGAGCAACAUAAUUUACCCGAAGGAGAGACUACCAUCUCUUCUGAGAGUGAAAGUGGUAGUACAAGUGAUCACCAACUACCCGAAGAAAGCAACACACCAGCAGAGAAAACUACGCAACCAGCAGAGGCCGGGAAUGAAAGCACAGCUGACCAAGUAGUGGAUUUAACUGAUGGACAAGAAGAUGAGGCUUCCACAACAACUAAGGAAGAACACUCUAGCAGCGAGUUGCUAGAGACAUCGGAGCCACAUAAUUUACCCGAAGUAGAAACUACCAUCUCUCCUGAGAGUGAAAGUGGUAGUACAAGUGAUCACCAACUACCCGAGGAAAGCAACACACCAGUAGAGAAAACUACGCAACCAGCAGAGGCCGGGAAUGAAAGCACAGCUGACCAAGUAGUGGAUGGAACUGGUGGACAGGAAGAAGAGGCUUCCGCAUCAACUAAGAAAGAACACUCUAGCAGCGAGGUGCACGAGACAUCGGAGCAAUAUAUUUUACCCGAAAGAGAGACUACCAUUUCUAUUGAGGGUGAAAGCGCUGGUACUAACAGUCACCAGAUAUAUGAGAAAGGCAACACACCAGUAGAGAAAACUACGCAACCAGCAGAGGCCGGGAAUGAAAGCACAGCUGACCAAGUAGUGGAUGAAACUGAUGGACAGGAAGAAGAGGCUUCCACAUCAACUAAGGAAGAACACUCUAGCAGCGAGGUGCACGAGACAUCGGAACUACAUAAUUUACCCGAAGGAGAGACUAACACCUUUAGUGAGGGUGAAAGCGCUGGUUCAAGCAGUCACCGGCUAUCUGAGAAAGGCAACACACCUGUAGAGAAAACUACGCAACUAGCAGAUUCCGAGAUUGAAAGCACAGCUGACCAGACAUUCGAUGCAAACUGA